UUUUGUUUUUACGUGACCACACAACAUUUCCAUUGACCAUGUACGUGAGCUUCCAAAUCAAUUUUUCAAUUAUCUCACUGUUGCAUUUCAGUGUUUGCUCUUUUGCUGGAGAGCUGUAGCUUGGAAGAUACGAAGGGGAAAUGGUGUGAUUUGACCAAACGACGAAAGCUGAGCCCAGGAGCUUCAGCUUGUCAUGUUGUUCUGAAUUCGCGUGCCCUAUCUUUGAAGCUGUGUAGCUGUCAAAGUUAUCACUGAGUACGAGUUUGCCUUGUGGCUUGUGGCUUUAUAGAAAUGGUGCUUGGAAAAACAUUCCGGGUGUGGAAGAAAUCCCAGCCGCGUUCCGUACUGCUCGAGUGUAAAACCAUAUCUGAAACUCUGCUCUUCGAGUCUGGAGCCAUUGCUGUUCUGACUCCAGAGGAAUGUGAACAUGUGAAGAAGCAGUACUCCAAAGUCAUCGAUGCUCAUGCUUGUCUGGGCGUAUUGAAUGUCAAUUUAGGAAAUAAACAUGUCAAGUAUCUAUUCCUUGUAACUGGUUGCUCGUCAGUGGGUCGUCUGUAUGGUAGUGAGAUUCAGCGUAUCACAGACGUGUUCACACUCUUCCUGGAGGACAGUGUUGACCCAGACUAUGUCAGUGAGGUGCGUAAGCUCCUGUGUUCAGGUACAUUUUACUUCACAUCGCAAGGCAGCACUGCUGACUCAGCUGCCUCCGCCAACAGUGGGGACUUUGAAGCUCACGUGGUGGACCUAAGUCUCAGUGCUCAGUGCCGAUAUCAUGGACGCAGCCUUGACGACCGAUUCAUCUGGAAUCAGAAUCUUCACUACCUCCCGACUCAGUUUGGUGUGGACACGUCUCAGUGGCUCGUGCGCAUCUCCUGUGGCAGCGUGGAGGUGCGCACCGUCUACGCAGGCAGUAACAAGGCUAGAGUGACGCUGAUGUCGCGGCUGAGCUGCUCUCGAGCAGGCACCCGCUUCAACGUGCGCGGUGUUGAUGACUACGGAGAGGUAGCCAACUUUGUGGAGACCGAACAGGCAAUAUCAUUCCAGAAGACCAUGGUAUCGUUUGUGCAGCUGCGUGGUUCCAUUCCACUAUUCUGGGAACAACCCGGAUUCCAGACGGGAACUCACAAAGUCAAGAUGUCUCGAGGCUUUGACGCAUGCAGGCCUGCAUUUCGAAGGCAUGUUGAUGGCCUUCGGUCGCGGUAUGGCUCGCAGCUCUUUCUUAGCUUGCUUAACAUCAAGGAGAGUGAGGCGUUACUGAGCACUGCUCUUCAGGAUCAGGUAAAGGAUUACGGCUUGCCGAAGACUGACUUGGACAUUGUCACGUUUGACUAUCAUCACAACUGCCGCGGUGGUUCCCAGGAGAAACUGAGCAGUGUUUUGCUGCGCGACGUCGCACCACACCUUAAGAAACACGGCUUCUUCAGCUAUGUCGAUGGAAAUGUGAAGAGCCUCCAGAACGGCACAGUGCGGACGAAUUGUAUGGACUGUUUGGAUCGGACAAACGCCGUUCAGACAUUUCUCGGUCUUGAGAUCUUGAAAGAGCAACUCCCUGUGCUUGGCAUUGAGAACAAGGCCAGCGUGGUGUCCCGCUUUCACGACAUCCUGCGUGAAAUCUGGAAGAUCAACGGCGACAACAUCAGCAAGAUCUACGCUGGAACUGGUGCCAUGGAGGGAAAGGCAAAGAUGGGGAAGUUGAUGGACGGUGCCAAGUCCGUAGCUCGAACCGUUCGUAACAAUUUCCUGGAUGGCAGCAAGCAAGAGGCUAUCGACAUUUUGCUGACGGGCAAUGCCUUUGUCGGUGACCUGGGUGGUCGCGCGCGUGCUCUUCUGGCUCGUGAGGAUGCACUGGGGUCGUCAGCGCUGAAAGCACACCUCUGUGAUCGGCAUGAAGAGUUUGUGGAGCGCUCCCCCCUGCGUGUCUGCGUCGGCACUUGGAAUGUCAAUGGUGGGCGGCAGUUUCGCAGCAUUGCCUACAAAAAUCAGUCGAUGCAUGACUGGCUGCUCGAUGCCAGGAAACUGGACAGCCGCAAGAUCGACUCAACGCUGCCAACGUAUACUGGCCCAUUGACGCGGCCACGCGGUCGUGUUGAGCUUGCUGAGUACCAGCGGCUAUCCAGCGAUGGUACUGGUACACCGUUUGAACCCUUGGCUGGCAGUGAGGCACCGCAGAUCUUUGCCAUUGGCUUUGAGGAACUGGUCGAUUUGAAUGCAACGAAUAUCGUCUCCACCAGCUCCAGCAACAAGAAGGAAUGGGGCGCCGAGCUGCAGCGGGUCGUCUCUCGCGACCAGGAGUAUGCGUUGUUGACAUGUGAGCAGCUGGUCGGUGUGUGUCUGUACGUCUUCAUCCAGCCCCGUCUUCUUCCACACGUGCGGGAUGUUGCUAUCGACUCUGUGAAGACUGGCAUGCACGGCAAGGCUGGCAACAAGGGCGGCGUGGCAGUACGCUUCCUGCUCUACAGCACCUCGUUCUGCUUCGUCUGUGCUCACCUGGCAGCCGGCCAGAGCCAUGCUGCUGAGAGAGCUGCGGACUACGCUGAGAUUACCAAGCGUGUUGUUUUCCCCAUGGGUCGAACAAUCGAGUCUCAUGACUAUGUGUUCUGGUGUGGUGACUUCAACUAUCGCAUUGACUUGCCCAUCGACGAUGUCAAGCAGCUGGUGGCCAGCCGAGACUUUGAGCCGCUGCAGAAGGCAGAUCAGCUACGUAAGCAGAUGAAAGAGGCCAAGGUAUUCCAAGGCUAUUCUGAAGGUGUACCCAAUUUCAUUCCAACCUACAAGUACGACUUGUUCUCUGAUGACUUUGACACCAGUGAGAAGAGCAGAAUUCCGGCAUGGACCGACCGAGUGCUGUGGAAGCACAAGGCUUACCCCUCCUUUGUUGACAUAGUCGACAGCGAAGAUCCUGACAGUGACGUGACGUAUUCAUCAUCUUCAACUGAAGAAGACAGCCGCGUCUCGGUGUCGUCUCUGAGCAUAUCCAGCAAUGAGCCCUCCUGUCCGUUCAAUCAUGGGUCCCUGGCGUACUACGGCCGUGCUGAAUUGAAGAUAUCUGACCACAGGCCAGUCGUUGCCGUGGUGGACGUCGAAGUUGAAAAGGUCAACCUGUCUCGGCGCAAUGCUACCCACAAGAAGGUCGAAGACCUCCUUGGUCCGGCCGACCCCACUAUCAUUGUUCAUCCGCACACUGGCAGCUAUCUGGACGUGGAACUGCUAACGGAUCAUGCACAGGAGUUUGGUAUUGUUGUUCUUAUACGCCUGGUUGGAGAUGAUGCCUACAUCACUUUCCAUGAUUCUCGUGCUGCCUUGCGAUCUCUGGCCAUGUCUGGAACGCAGGUUGGUGAUGUCGUAGUGGAUGUUACUUUGAGGUCAGAUUGUCGUAGCUCAAUCGUAACCGACACCAAUCUGCUCGACAGCGACAUCCCAUCCAUUCCCAUCAACGUCCUGGCUCCAGGUGGCACUAAUGCUGCAGCUGGCUCAUUGAAGGUUGGACAGACCCAUGCUUUGCAUUUCCUCUCCGACUCCAUUGAUCAGGCGUUUGUGGCAACACCAGAGAUGUCACGGCGUGCCACUCCGUCGGACAGUGACCCGCGUGAUCUGUCCACUGCCGCUGAUCAACACAGCGAUACACGAUCAAAUGAUCCAUCGGAAAGUGGUCGAAUGGACCUGCAGGACAGUUCUGAGAGACCACCCUCACCAUCGUCCCCUAGUCGCACUCACUCCCACUCUCCUCUGCCAUCAGUACCACUGGAUCAACUGUCUGAUGAUGGGUCGGAAGGUGCGAAACGCAUUCCUCCCCCCAUUCCACCAACAGCAAGGACUAUCUCUCCAGUGAAUGUACCAAAUGACGUUCUUGGGCAUCGGUCUCACCACAGCUCCUGCGGUUCACUGAACGGCCUUAACGACCAAGGAGCUAUGUCUGCCCCUGACUCGCUAAUGGCUGGCAGCUUGAACAGCCUAUCUUCAGCAGUAAGUGCCAGUACUGCCUCUGCUGCUGCUACUUCUGCAGCAUUCGAGGAUAUCGACCUUGACGAUGACUCUUGCAUUGGCUCCCUACGAGAGCAGCCAGUGGCGGUGGAGGAUGCGUUUGAAGGUCUGCCAACGAAAAGCAUUGUCAGUGAUCUGUCUUUCCCACCUGCUCGCCCGGCUCAGCCACCUCGGCAAACGUCUCUGCCAACAACUGCAACAGCUCCUCCCAGGCCUAGUGCACAGCCAGGAAGGCCUUCACGGCCACCACCGGCAGCACACGGUUCACCUCAAGCUCGCCUUGCCAGCGGACCGCCAAGCCGUCCCAACGCACCGCCCAGUCGGCCGGGUGCCCCGCCGAACCGCCCGGGUGCACCGCCGAGCAGGCCAGACGCGCCACCGGGCAGACCCGACGGUCCUCCCAGCCGGCCGGCCAGACCAGCGCGACCAAACCCGCCGCAAGCAUAGUUGUCGUGCGAGAGAUGUACAGUGCUGUCUGGCACACCACUUUUGUUUGUUGAUAGCAGCAGCACUGUACAACACCUGGCUUGAUACUGUGUAGGACUACAGUGUGUAGUGUGUAGUGUGUACAACGUAGUGAAGAUUCUUCUCUAUUUAUUGAUUAUGGCUUACAGUAUUGAUUAUUAUCCAGAGUCCAUAAACUCUAUGGACACCUACUACCACAGCGGGCUUGUGGUAUCUUUAUUGACGACGUGCAUGCUGUAGUUUUAUGUGUUUGAUCUUUCCCUGGAGGUAAAAUAGUUUGCAUCCACUGCAGCAGCGCGCUUUAGAUCUACGGUAUUGCCUGGCUGAUAUAUCCCAGCGUGCUGAUCUUGUGCCCAUGCUAGUAGCAGCGGUGACUGUGCGCGCGGUGUUGAUGCGCACAGUCCUGCUUUCCUAGAAGUGUUUUCAUCGCAGCAUCCCACGUUGCAUUGCAUCUUAUUUAUUCAUAAUUAUUGUCGGGCAGGACAGUUUAUUGGGUUGUGUUUUUUUUAGUAUCUUCUCUUAUUCCUCGCUCUCACUGACUUGCAGCUAACUUGCCGCUCCGGUUUCAAUCAUAACCACAACACCAGUGCACUGUAUGGUGUAUUUUCGAAACAAAUGUUUUAUUCUCUUUUUUUUGCACUUUUGAGCCCAGAGAGCUGACUGCAUGCAGCUCCUAGCCUCCUCCCGCGAGCUGGUGAUUUUUUUACAUUCUUGCUGACGUCCUUUGCACGUGUGUCAACUUAUGUUUUCCUGGUGCUACCUGCUCACAGUCACACUCAGUGCACUUUUCACAGAUGGUAUCAAGAGUACUCUUGGAGAGAUGUAUACUACUAUUA